CGUUUUCAAUUGUUCCGAUUAGGAACUUCCUCUCCGGCGACUGAACUUUUUCUGGAAAUGGAUAGUGAAGGAGCUUCAAGCGAGUCUUCUUCUUCUGGAGAUCAGCUCGAGAAGUGGACAGAAGAGCAGGAUGAGCUGAAGAAGAAACUGAUCGCGUACGAUGACUUCACAUGGAAGUUAUCUUCAUCAACGGAACUGUCUCAGGGAUCGGAGAUACUUAAGUAUGUUGGAGGUGUAGACAUGAGCUUUUGCAAAGAAGAUUCUUCCGUCGCAUGCGCUUGUCUCGUCGUUCUUGAGCUUCCUUCUCUCCGUGUAGUCCACCAUGACUUCUCUCUUCUCCGCCUCCAUGUUCCUUAUGUCCCUGGAUUUCUUGCCUUUCGUGAGGCUCCGGUUCUUUUGCAGAUUCUGCAGAAGAUGAGAGAUGAGAAGCAUCCAUUCUAUCCUCAGGUACUGAUGGUGGAUGGAAAUGGAAUACUUCAUCCACGAGGAUUUGGCUUGGCGUGUCAUUUAGGUGUUCUUGCUCACCUACCAACCAUUGGGGUCGGAAAGAAUCUGCAUCAUGUGGAUGGUCUGAAUCAAUCUGAGGUUAAACAGUCGCUUCAGCUCCAAAUAAACGAGCAUGAGCAAACUAUCACUUUGGUAGGAAACUCUGGAAUUACAUGGGGAGUAGUAAGUGACUUUGACUGAACAUCUACUGUAGUUGUUGUGUCUCUUUGGUAAUACCGCGUUAUAUUAGUAGUGACUUAUCAGUUUUAGCAACGAAACUUCUCCAUAGUUGUGGUUUUGAUAAUCUUGUGUAAGAUAGUGAAUUUAAUGAUCAAGUUUUACAUAUUACGUUCAACAGGGAUUUAGGCCAACUCUGAGUUCUCUAAAGCCCAUAUAUGUAUCGGUUGGCCAUCGCAUAUCACUGGACUCUGCCGUUGAAGUUGUCAAGAUAACCUGCAAGUACCGUGUUCCAGAACCUAUUAGACAGGCAGAUAUUAGAUCAAGAGCAUAUCUCCAGAAGCAUCAAACUGAGUCUUUUAAAGAACUGGCAGUGCGACCACCGGAUCAGACUGAACCUUAAUCCCUCAAGCAACCAAGAACACUAUUCCACAUUACAUAGAAACUCUCCAAAGUCUUUACCAAAGAUUGUUAAAUGGACAGAUUCAGGCACUGAAGAUCCGCCCCAAUUAUCUCCUUCAUUUAUCUCACUGACUUGAAGAUUGCAAGCUAACCAAGGUAAUCAUGUUAUAUCCGAUACAUUGGAAUUUCCUUUCCAUACAUACCUUAAACAAGUGUAAAUAGAAAGGCUAGGCAACUGGUAAUUUGGUUGUUUGGGCACUGUAUAUUGGGAGAUUUUGGGGUUCUCGACAAACAAUUCUAUAGCUUUGGGUUUGGUAUUUCUUUUGGUUCAGCUGUAACUCGUUUCUCAUGCUCUAAGACAGCACAAUCGUUUCUCAAUCUUAAGAGACUGUUAAUGGUGGACAGAUUCACAGCAGUGAAGCCUCAUGGAUUCCUCUUUUGCAGCAAACCUGCUUAACUAAUAUAAGGUGUAAUGUUUGAAACUUCGGGUUGGGCUUUAACAGCUAAAGUGAAAGAUGAGAUUUUUAUCAUUUUCUGAUUACUAACAAGAGAGGUAUAAGAGAGACAGUGAACACCAAACUGCUCUCGAGAAAUAAGAGAUCAAACCAAGUAAUACAUAAAUCUCACUGUAGUUUCUGUUUCUCCAUAAACACCAAAAGUUUUGCAAAAGAAAAAAGGAAAAAAAGAAAUA